AUGACAGAAGUACAGAUUAUCAAGAGUGACGGAUCCAAACAAAGGUUCAAUACUGAAAGGUUCAUCAAAAGGCUACGAGAUCUUUCCAAAGGAUUAGAUACCCAAUAUAUCAACUAUGAACAGUUGGCUUUGAAGAUAGUUAACAGUUUACCAGAAGAGGUUUCAAUUGAUCAACUUAUGGACCUUGCGUCAGAGACAUUGGCAACAAUGACCACAAUUCAUCCCGACCAUGCAAUUCUGGCAGCUAGAGUUAGUGUCAAAAGGAUUGAAAAGAAGAUACCAGCAAAAUUUUCAGAUGCUGCUCAGAGAUUAUAUGAUUUCUAUAAUACCAAGACCAAAAAGCACUCACCAUUGGUUUCUGAAAGGGUUCAACAGAUUGUCCAAGAUAAUUCAGAGCUACUAAAUUCCGUUAUCAAUAAGGAAAGAGACUUAUCAUUUACAUACUUUGGGUUGAAGACUUUAGAGAAGGCAUAUUUAUUGAAAAUUGAUGGUAUUACAGCGGAGACACCCCAGUUCAUGUUCUUGAGAGUGUCCUUAGGUAUCCAUCUUGAAGAUUUAGAUUCUGCGAUAGAGACUUACAAUUUAAUGUCAGAAAGAUAUUUUAUACAUGCAUCACCAACUUUAUUCAACUCCGGAACUCCAAAUCCAUAUCUUUCAUCCUGUUUUCUACUGGGUAUGACUGAUGAUUCAAUUGAUGGUAUUUAUGAAACCCUACAUAGAUCAGCUUUGAUUUCAAAAGCUGCAGGUGGUAUCGGGAUCCAUAUUUCUAAUAUAAGAUCAUCAGGAUCGUAUAUUUCAGGAUCAAAUGGUACCUCAAAUGGGCUAGUGCCGAUGCUUAGAGUCUUCAACAACACAGCGAGAUAUGUCGAUCAAGGUGGGAAUAAGAGACCAGGUGCUUUUGCAAUUUACUUGGAGCCGUGGCAUAGUGAUAUUUUUGAAUUUUUAGAUUUAAGGAAAAACCAUGGUAAAGAAGAAAUGAGAGCACGCGAUUUGUUUUAUGCAUUGUGGAUACCAGAUUUGUUUAUGGAGAAGGUUAAAGCUGAUGAGGAUUGGCAUCUAUUUUCUCCAGAUCAGGCUAAAGGUUUAAAUGAAGUUUAUGGUGAAGAAUUUGUCAAGCUUUACAACCAAUAUGUUGAUGAAGGGUUGCCAAUGAAAACAGUGAGAGCUCAAAAGCUCUGGUAUGCAAUCUUGGAAGCGCAAACAGAAACUGGAGGUCCAUUCAUGCUAUACAAGGAUGCUUGUAAUGAAAAGAGUAAUCAGAAAAACUUGGGUACUAUAAAAUCUUCAAAUCUGUGUUGCGAAGUUGUUGAGUACUCAUCCAACGAAGAAGUUGCAGUUUGCAAUUUAGCAUCGGUUGGUUUACCAUCAUUUAUUAAUUAUGACUCCCAAAAGAUGUGGUUUGAUUUUUCGAAACUACAUGAUGUUGUUAAAGUUGUGGUGAAGAAUUUAAAUAAGGUGAUUGAUGUUGGAAGUUAUCCUGUUCCAGAAGCAGAGUUGAGUAAUAAGAGACAUCGACCAAUAGCUGUUGGUGUUCAAGGUUUAGCUGAUUUAUUUAUGGAGUUACGCUUGCCAUUCACAAGUCCAGAGGCUAAAGAAUUGAAUAUUCAAGUAUUUGAAACUAUUUACCAUGCUGCUAUUGAGGCAUCAAUCGAAUUAUCCCAGAAGUAUGGGCCUUAUGAAUCAUAUGAAGGGUCCCCAGCUUCUAAGGGGCUUCUCCAGUUUGACCUUUGGAACAAGAAGCCAACAGAUUUGUAUGAUUGGGAUUCUUUAAAGGCCGAGAUGGCACAACAUGGAUUAAGAAAUUCUUUAUUAGUUGCUCCAAUGCCAACAGCAUCCACGUCUCAAAUCUUGGGGUUCACAGAAUGUUUUGAACCUUUAACUUCAAAUGUUUAUUCCAGAAGAGUUUUAUCUGGUGAGUUCCAAAUAGUUAAUAAGUACCUGGUUAAAGACUUGAUUGAUUUAGAAAUUUGGGACGAAGGCUUAAAAAAUAGAAUCGUUGAUAAUGAUGGAUCUAUACAAGAUAUCAAGUCAAUUCCACAAGAAAUCAAAGAUUUGUAUAAGACUGUCUGGGAAAUUUCACAAAAAACUAUUAUUGAUUUAGCAGCUGAUAGAGCACCUUUCAUUGAUCAAUCACAAAGUAUGAAUAUUCAUCUUAAAGAACCAACUAUGGGUAAAUUAACAAGCAUGCAUUUUUAUGGCUGGAAUAAAGGUUUGAAAACAGGGAUGUACUACUUAAGAACUCAAGCUGCCAGCUCUGCAAUAAAAUUUACCAUAGAUAGAUCUGUUGAGGCUGAAGAAAAGAAGCCAGUCACUGAAGUAUUGUCUAAAAAGAGAAAGUAUGUUUCUUUACAUCCAAAUACUCCAGAAACAUCACCAAAGAAAAAGCCUUUGAUUGUUGUUAGACCUUUAACACCAGAAAGUCAAGGAGAGCUUGAAAGAGAGAUAAAUUAUGACAUUCAUUCUUCUACACCACUGUCAUGUAAUAUUGAUGAUCCAGAAAACUGUGAUAGUUGUUCUGGUUGA